AUGCUCUUGUGGGAGCUGCAGACUGCGCAGCUGCAGGGCAACGCGACACUUGCAGCCCGAGAUCCCCUGAUUCCCACUGUGCUGGAGGACACAAGCCCCGAAAGCCACCCGAGACUCCCCCCUGCAGCAGCGGCCCCGCGACCACCGCGUGAUGCGGCUGUUUUGCAGACCAAGGCCUCCCUGGAGAGCGAGAGGGAGUCGGCGGAGCAGGCGAGGAGGGCGGUGGAGUCCACCCUGCGGGAGCUGCAGGAGCACAACGACGACCUGCGCAGGAAGAUCCUCGGCCUGGAGACGCAGCUGAGGGACUACGAGCGCUUGGGCGAGAACUGGGAGGGCUCCCAAGCCCGGCUCAAGGAGAAGGUCACCAAACUGGAGAGCGAGCGCAGGCAAAUGGAGGAGUCGCUGAGCGAAGCUACGGACCGGGAGCAGGAGCUGCAGAUGGCCAAGCGCUCGCUGGAGACGCGCUUGGACGAGGCGCAGCGGGGCCUGGCCCGGCUCGCGCAGGAGCACCAGGAGCUCAGCGUGUCCUACCAGGACGAGCAGAGGCAGAAGGAGCAGCUGAAGCGCGCCAAGAGCGAGCUGGAGGAGCAGAAGCGCCUGCUCGACCGGACCACGGAGAAGCUCAGCAAAGAGCUGGAGCAGAUGACGGAGGAGUCGCAGAGCUCGCUGGCCGUGCUGAGGUCGCAGCUGGAGGAGUUCAAGGAGAAGUCACGGAAGGAGCUCACGGAUUCCCAGAAACAGGCUAAGGACCGGGGUGCCGAGGUGGAGAAGAUGCAGUUCAGCAUGGACCGGCUGCAGGAUGAGGUCUCCCGGCUGAAGCAAGCGCUGCAGGACAGCCAGGCGGAGCGGGAGAGCGCGACCCUGGACAAGGAGGUGCUGCUGCAGCGGCUGCACAACCUCGAGCACGAGGUGGACGCCAAGAAGCGCUCGCAGGACGACCGCUCACGCCAGCUCAAGACCCUGGAGGAAAAGUCCAAGCGCCUGGAGGUGGAGCUGGACGAGGAGAGGACCACGGUGGAGCUGCUCACGGAGCGGGUCGCCCGCAGCAGAGACCAGGUAGGGCAGCCCGAGCCCUCGCGGUGCAGCUUGGCGGCCGGCCCGGCCCCAUCGCCCUGCGAGGGAGCCGUUCGCCAGCACUUGGCAAAUUGA